CGGUCUAGUGCGCUAUCGCGUCGCUGGACCAAACCUAGCGUUUUUUUCAAACCAUUGUACUUUCUUAUAGCAAUUUUACAAUCCUCCGGAGAAAUACCAGUUGAAACAUCCGCGUCCAGCUAAACCAGAAUCGCUUCGCAUCUACGAAGCUCAUGUGGGCAUCAGCAGCUGGGAAGGAAAGGUGAAUACCUACAGAGCAUUCGCUGAUGAUGUCAUUCCAAGAAUCGCUAGGCAAGGCUAUAACUGCAUCCAGUUGAUGGCUGUGAUGGAGCACGUCUACUAUGCAUCGUUUGGCUAUCAGGUCACCAGUUUCUUUGCUCCGGCCAGUCGCUCCGGUCCACCCGAUGAUGUCAAAUAUUUGGUUGAUAAAGCGCAUGCCUUGGGUAUCAUCAUUCUGCUGGAUGUGGUAAGAGAUUUUUUCGAUUUUGCUCUGUUCGAUUUUAUGAAUUGGAUAUUCAAAAUUUUUCCGCAUAGUUGUUUUUGCUGA